AUGCUAAAUCAUCGGUGCGAUCAGAUCUCCACUGCAUCAGAUGGCUAUUUGUGCUCUGUGUGUAAACUGGCGCUGGCCCUGCGUGCGCUGCCCCGGAUCCUGGGACCGUUGCUGGUCUUUGCUAGUCCAGCUGGCUCUGUGUUGGUUCAGCCUGUGAGGGUGUCGGUGGGAAGUGUCUUGUCUGGGGUGAACUUGCUGUUAGGAUCAGUGGCUAAGCUACGUGUGAACCCAGUGUACAUGGCACUGUGUUCAAAUAAAGUCUAUAAAGGGCUGUGCCUGCUGGUGGAGACAGUGGCAGAAACGUCUCAGGCCUGUAGAUACGUGUUUUGGGAUACCAAAAUAGAUCAUACUCAUUUGAAAUGUUUAAUAAGUAUCCCAAAUAACUCUGGAUGUUCAGUUGCAGGACCAGCACUGCCUCCAGGCUAUAAAAGCAGCUGUAGCUCAGAAAGUCCUGACAGUGACGACGACUCGGAAUCUCUUCAUCCAUCUGGGGAUGCAAACAGAGAUUCUGAAGAGGAGACAGAAGGAGAUCCAGCAUCAAAAAAGCCAAAAAGAAUUCAGGAAGAUGAUGAUGAUGAUGGCUUUUUUGGGCCUGCUCUUCCUCCUGGAUUUAAAAAACAGGAUGAUUCUCCAGAGAGGCCCAUUAUAGGUCCUGCAUUACCACCUGGCUUUAGGAAACCUUCACAGGACACCGGGAAUAGCAGAUGUUCCAUAGGACCGUCUGUUUCAUCAGAAUUCCGUACUCAGGCAACAGAUAGCAGUGAGGAAGAAGACAAUCUCAUAGGCCCAAUGCCUGCAAAAGGACCAGUGGAGUCUGAUGUGACUAAAGAAUUUGAACGCAGAGCUCAGAGAAUGAAGGAAAAACUUACUUCAGCAGACAGUGAUGAACCCAAGCAAGUUACCAGGGAAUCAUGGAUGACAGAGCUUCCACCUGAAUUGAAAAGCUUUGGAUUUGGUCCAAGAACAUUCAAAAGAAGAGCUGAUGACAAAUCAGGCGAUAGAUCUAUUUGGACAGAUACUCCAGCUGACAGAGAGAGAAAAGCCAAGGAAAGAGAAGAGGCAAAAAAGUCAACCAGUAAGGAUAAUGAAGAAAUUGUAUUAUCUGGGAGAGACAAGAGACUUGUUGAGCAGGUGGCUUCAUACAACGAGUCAAAGAGGUCAGAAUCUCUCAUGGACAUACAUCAGAAAAAGCUAAAGAGCAAAGCAUCUGAAGAAAAGAACAAACCUCAGGAAAGAAGGCCAUUUGACCGAGACCAGGAUCUCAAAGUCAAUCGAUUUGACGAAGCGCAGAAGAAGGCUCUUAUAAGAAAAUCCAGAGAUCUGAAUACUAAAUUUGAGCACAGUAAAGGCAACAUGUUUUUAUAAUGUAAAACCAUGAAGCUUUUUUGAAGUCAAUUUAACUUUGAAUGCUUAAUUUUGUAAGUAUUUUUUCUGUAAAUAUUUGUAUGCAAAAUAAAUAUCCUGAUGUUUAACUA